AUGUCAUUUUUAUUUAGAAGAUCAACUGAUGAUAAUAGACAACAACAACCAACACAAGAAGAUGAAAAGGAUGAUAACAUAGAGAAAGAUACUGAACUAGUUGAAUCAACUGAAAAACCAAUAAAACUUAAAAAGAAAUCAACAACUUUUCUUAAAUCAAUAAUUGGAAGUCAAUCAAACAGUAGAAAUAAUUCAACAUCCUCCCUUGCGUCCAACAAAUCAUCAUCAACAACAUCAUCAUCAAACAAUUUACCACCAUUAUCUCCAUUAAUACUACAUGGUUAUACAUCCUCAACUCGUCAUAAAUUAUUAGAUUUAGAAUUAGCAUCAAAUAUUAGAGAUUUAUUACCUGCCAGAUUACAAUUAUUUGAUCAAUGGGAAUUAAUUUAUUCUUUUGAGCAACAUGGAAUUUCCUUAAAUACAUUAUACAGAAAUAGUAAUCCAGAAUAUCAAAUUCAGCAAUUGAAAAAACGAAAAAGGAGAGAAAAGGGAUAUGCGGAAUCAGUUGUUAAAAAUAUGGUAGUUGGCACUACAAAAGAACAUUAUCAUGGAAUAGAGCCUAAAAAACCAAUCGGAUAUGUUUUGAUAAUUAAAGACGAAAAGAAUUUUAAAUUUGGUGCGUUCUUGAAUGAGAACCUAAAGUUAAUGGAUCAUAAACGUUAUUAUGGAAAUGGUGAAUGUUUUUUAUGGAAAUGUGAAAAAUUUGAUCCAAGAAAAUUAAAACAUGGAAGUGAAAAUGAAAAUGAUAUUGAUGGGAAAUUACAUACUCGUUUUAAAGCAUUUAUGUAUACUGGAAUAAAUGAUAAUAUAAUUUAUUCAAAUCAUGAUUUUAUAUCUAUUGGUUCUUCAAAUGGUCAAAAUGGCUUAUUUAUUGAUAAAUCUUUAGAUGAAGGUGUUAGUUAUAAAUGUAAUACUUUUGGUAAUGAAAUUUUAAAUUCAGAUGAUCAAAAUUUAAAAUUUGGUAAAUUUAAGAUUAUGGGGUUGGAAAUUUGGAGAAUUGGAAAUAUUGAAUAA